CCACUGUAUAUUCCCCCUAGCACUUUGGCCAUUAGAAAUCUCUGUUUGUCAUUAUGACCAUCUGAGAUCUGUAAAAACCUGUCAGGUAUCUAAUGAUCCCCAAGUAACCUAAAAUACUGUAAAAGGGUAUAAUUUGAACCUUUAUGGAAGGCUCUUGCAUUAACUGAGAAUGAUCUGGUUUCAGCAGUGGAACAAGAGGCAACUGAUCCAGGUCCUGGAGUGAGAGCUGAAGCCAUGGUCAGAACCCACGAAAGGGAAAAUAUGCCACGAAGGGCAGCAGUUCGAAAUGCUCGUGCCCGCUUGAGGAGAGCAGAGCUUCGGCAGGCUGCUGAUGGCGAUGACGAUGAUAAUGCUGGGUGGGGGAUGAGAGGGUCUGGUGAUGAGUCAGAUGGAGAAGUUCAGGAUGCCUCAGAUCAUAUUGAAAUGCCUGAGGGCAAGAUGGGGGCCAAAAAGCGCAAGAAGAUGGAGAUGAAGGCCGAGAAGAAGGCUGCACGAGAAGCAAUGGAACAAGAAAGAGAAGAGCGCCGUGAGAGAGAAGAGAAGGCUAAGAAAGAGAGAGAGCUUAAGGAAGAGAGAGAGGCAGCUGAAGAGAAAAAGAAGGAAGAAGAAGAGAGAAAGAGGAAGGAAGAGCAAGAGAAAAGAGAGCAAGAGGAAUAUGAACAGAUGAAGGCUGCCUUCAGUGUUGAAGAGGAGGGAUUUGAAGAGAACACCUCCCCUAAUGAAGAAAGUCUACUUGCAAGGUUUUUGGAGUACAUCAGGGCCUCCAAAGUGGUUUUACUUGAAGAUUUGGCUGCUCAGUUUCGUCUGAAGGUCCAAGAUGUCAUAUCAAGAAUACAUGACCUCCAGAAUGAAGGCAGUCUCACUGGUGUGAUUGACGACAGAGGGAAGUUCAUUUAUGUCAGUCGUGAAGAGCUGGAGGCUGUGGCCAAAUUCAUCCGACAACGAGGACGAGUUUCAAUUGCUGAACUGGCAGAGUGCAGUAAUGCCUUGAUAAACCUCAAACCAGACAAUGAGGCAUUGGUCUCAGUGGGAAUGUCAUAAUGAAUGUGACAAAUGAGAGUGUGUUUGAUACUGUUUCUGUGGCUUUCCUGUUCAACAAUCUGAUCAUUGGAAAACUCAUGUAUGAGGAAAUUUGUAUUGAAUGGAAUAAUGGAGUGAUUCUCCGUUGGAACUGGCAGAGUUCAGUUGAGUUUUGUUGAGUUCAGGAAGUUUCAAAGCAGCAUACGAAUAUAUGUUGAAUGAAUAGCA